AAAAUGAGACAAGAAUACAUUCCAUUAGACAGGCAUGGAGGUGUCAACGGAAAGGCCAUUUUAGUCUGCAUGAACAAAAGGAAGUUUAGUCUAUAUGAACAAUCCCUCAUUUACUUUAUUUUCGCCAAUAUCAGUUCGUAUGCAUACAAGAUACAAACGUAUGUAUGUAAACGUAUAUUUAUUAUGAAGAACAGUUACAUAUGCAUAUAUAUAGAUGAUUAUCCUGCAUUUAAUUCGGCUCUUUCCCAAAUAAAAUUAUAUUAUUGGAAAUUUGGUGUAAUGAAUAUUGGAGACAAUUCAUUAGCACCACUCCGAAUACUCGGCGAAGGUGCUUUUGGGCGGGUGUACCUUUGUAGAUGUGUUUCUACCGGUGCACCACCUGUUGUUUGUGUCAAAAGAAUAUUAAUUCAACAACCGAAAUUAGAAAUAAAAAUGCUAAUGGAAGAGAUCUAUAUUAUUUCACAAUUGAAACAUCCAAGUAUUAUAAAGUUCAUUCGAUCAUAUGUGCACGAAAGCAGCGUAAACAUUGUUAUGGAAUUUGCUUCGAAUGGUACUAUGCGUGAUAUAAUUAGCUUAAAUCGUCGCCCAUCAAUAUCAAAGAAAAGAUUUCUUGAAAUGAUAAUUGAUAUUAUAAUAGGACUUGAAUACCUACAUAUCCGUCACAUAAUUCACAGAGAUCUUAAACCGGAAAAUAUUUUAAUAGAUAAAAAUAAUAAGAUUAAAAUAGCUGAUUUUGGCAUCUCAACCAUAUUUAGUAAAAAUAAAGCAAUUCAGGGCCUGACCGGUACAUAUCUUUACAUGGCGCCAGAAGUUAUGAAAGGUGAAAAAUAUGAAUUUAAAUCAGAUGUUUGGUCAUUGGGUUGUAUACUCUAUGAAAUGUGUAAUGGAUUUAGUCCUUUCAAACAUGCGAAAAAUUUGGCUGAUUUAAAAUAUUUAAUUCAGAGCUGUGCUCAAAACGGACUUGAUACCGCGUCAAUAUCCACAUAUUAUGGUAUUGAAUGGGGUAGAAUUUGCAAAAAAAUGAUUGUUGUUAAUCCUAGUAAACGUUUAUCAUUAUGUAACAUCGUAUCAUAUGAUCCAAAUAUCGCUAUCCCAUAUUAUUGCGUAUAUUUUAAUUAUAAAAACGAUUUUAUGUAAUAAGUUUUCCACUUUAAUAGAAUUCUAUUUGUUUCGUUUUUCAGUAUAUAUGUACAUGUUUUAUUUAUUUUAUAAACAAUGAAUAUCGUUAUCAUCUACAUACAUAUUUGUUUAAAUUUCCAAAAUGUUGAGGUUUAAGCGUACACACUGUUAGAUGAACUCGGCUCGUGAAGAGCAGCAGCAUUUCAGUUAUGCUUCCCAUUUUUAUGAAUAAACAAAACAUUAAAAUUCAAGUACACACUUAUUUGAAAUCGCACGUUUGAAGAGUGGCUAAAAAAAUGUCCUAAGAAAAAAAAAUAAAAUGUACCCAUUUGUUCUUUUAUAUUGGCGAUUUUCUUGUGCUAAUGAAUAAUAUUUAUCUGGGAUUUCUUUGAUAAAAAAAAAUCAUCAAUUGAGAAAAGCAGCAUAUCACCUAACAAAAUUAUUAAAAUCAAUAAAUUAGUCCUUAUAAAUUUUGAAGUAUUAUUGGUUUCUAAAUUCCUUCUUUCGGACUUAUAUAAUAAAUAAAAUAUAAGUUUGCCC